AGUGAGGUCGCGCUGAGCCGGUGGAAUGCCCUGCUCUCUGCCCCGGCAGGGGGAUAUCCGGGGGGCAGUGCUGUUGCUCUCCUGCUUCAUGCAGGCCGGCCUGGUCUUCGGCACCGUUCGCUCCUUAGGGGUUUUCUUCCCGGCAUUUGUGGAGAACUUUGAGUCGGCAGCUGGGAGCGUCUCAUGGGUGACAUCUUGUGGUGUGGCUGUGCAACAGCUCCUGAGCCCCCUGGGAUGUUCCCUCGCCCUGCGUUUUGGCUCUCGCCCUGUUGUCAUUCUGGGGGGGCUCCUGUCUGCCCUGGGGAUGUUCUUUGCCUCCUUUGCUACUGAGCUGUAUCAGCUGUACCUGUGCAUCGGGGGGCUCUCAGGUCUCGGAUGGGCAAUGAUCUUCUCGCCUACGAUGGCGGCCGUGACGUGUUACUUUAAGCGGCGCCGGUCGCUGGCUACGGGCUUUGUGCUGAUGGGAGUGGGGGUUUUCUCCUUUGCACUGAGCCCCCUGUUGCAGUACUUACUGGAGACCUACUCUUGGCGUGGGGCCCUCCUGCUGCUGUCAGGCCUGGCGCUUCAUUCUGUGCCCUGUGGUGCCCUACUGCGCCCCAGGAACCCUACUGAGCCCCAGGAACCCUCCUACCCCUUCCUGUGGGGCUGGAAGCUGCUGGGCGAGGGGGUGUUCCUGCGCUACUGCCUGGCCAUUACCUCCAUCAAUACAGGAUACUUUGUGCCCUACGUACACCUGGUGGCACACAUGCGGGCGCAAGGGGCGGGCGAGUGGCACGCCGCCAUGGUAAUGUCCGUCGUGGGAGUAGCCGACGUGGGGGGACGUCUCUUCGCCGGUUGGUUGUCCGACCUCGCCCCUCGGCACACACUGAUGUUCCUCAGCCUAUGGACUGGCCUCUCGGGGGUGAUCCUGGGACUCCUCCCCUUGGCAACGAAAGUGGUGGAAAUGGGGGCGGCAGCCGUGGCAUUUGGCUUCUGUGCCGGGGCUCUCACCCCAGGGGUCUUUUCUGCCCUGCCAGGGGUUGUUGGGGACCAAAGGGUUUUACCUGCCCUGGGAUUGCUGCAAAUGAUAGAGAGUGGAGGGGGACUCCUGGGUGCCCCCAUAUCAGGGUGGCUGUGUGACCUCACAGGGGACUUUACUGCCUCAUUUGCUGUCGCGGGUUCCUUCCUUAUUCUUGGGGCACUUAUUCUCCUCACUGUCCCCAGAGUCUUCUGUACCAAACAAACCAACCCGUCACUCAAUAACAAAGCCUUCACCUCAUGGGAUGGCCAGUCAAGCAGUAGAGAACAUAAGAAGCCACCAGUCAAGAACAUCUCACAAGGAAGGAGCACAAAGGAUCAGUCCUUUAUCAUUACCACUGAUCAAUCACAAAUCAGGACAGAAGGAGAAUUAAGUGGAUCCACGGACCAAUCAGAAUUAAAGAAUGGUACUGGCCUACCAUUAUAUGAGACCAAUGGACAACCAUGGAGUAGCUCACCCAAGAGUCUAUUCCGGAGCACAUGGACGAAUCACAACAAUGGGGAUGCUUACUUUAAAGUGGCCAACCAUGAAGCUCCUCCCCCCAGGGACGUGAUUUGACUAGUUUCUACUUAAUAAAAUAUAGGUCCAUAGGCUUUUCCUAAA